AUGUCCGAUAUCUUCAAGAAACGCAGCUCUUGGUGGGCAUUAUAUCGCGAGACGCUCGGCCUUGUUUGGACAGAUCCAGACCGCGACACACUCAAGUCCUUUGCUCUCCAAGCACUGAAAGAUGGCCAUCCCACUCAGAUUGGUCUCCUAUUGGUCAGCUUUGCGAUCAGUACUGGAGAUGCACAGAAAUAUUUGCCACCCGUGGAGCGACAUAUCCUACACAGCAACGACUGGGCUGGAAGCGAAUAUGGCAUGAGCUGCCUCGUAGCACUUGGACUGUGCUAUAUGAGCUCCCUCCAGCCUCGCAGGGCGUGGAUGGUGUAUCGACGGGCGAUCAGUCUGCUGCAGUUGAAUGGUCUCCACAUCAGACGAAAGACGGAGAAGCAAGAGCUGCUCUUCUGGCAACUCUUUCAUGCCGACAGAUGGGUCAGUCUGAUGAUCGGCUUGCCGUAUAUGGUCCCAGAUCACUUCUGUGAUGCGACUGUGGCCCCAUUGUCGCAGCUAGGACCCUCCAUAUGGUCGUACAGGAAGCUCGGCUUGGUGACUGCGCGAGUCAUUGACUGUCUUCAGGCUGUCAAAGGACCGAUGCUCUCGGUCGCCCUCCAGAUCGAAGAUGAGCUGGAAGAGAUCCAAGCUCAGCUGCCUGCUCAGUACCUGGAUCUGGCUGACAUCAAAGCCUGUGCGGACAGUGAUGACAAGCUGACCAGACUCUAUCGAGUGAUUCACUACUACCAGCUGAAGAUAUACAUCCACCUCCCUUUUCUCCUCCGAUCGGCCCAUGAGGCGAAGUACGAAUACAGUCGCAAGAGCUGCAUAGACGAUUCCAGGAAGCUUGUGGAAGCAUAUCUGGAAAUCUUCGACGCCUCGCCGAGCGCUGCGUUCGAUGGACUUGUGCUGAACUUCGUCGCUUUCACUGCCACUGUCGUCGUGCUGCUGGGUCUUACCGGCUAUGGUCGUUCUGAGGGAUCGCAGUAUGUGCUCCCGCAAGCUCAAGUGGAACACGACUGGCAGAUCAUAUAUCGAGUUGAGACUGCACUCGAGGAGGGUGCACAUACUGAGCCUGCUCAGCUUUUAUGCAAGAAGUGCUUCACUGCACUUGAUUCUCUGAUGCUAAGCGCUCUUGGCCAGGGUGGCAAAAAUCCUCGACAAGUUAUCAUACCAUACUUCGGGACACUCUCGCUCACGCGCACGAAUUUGAGCAGCACGUUGACCCCAUCCAACGGGCACAAUGUCCACCCUGCCGUCAGACCAGACAAUACCGGUGCCCGAGCGAAGAUUCACAUCGAGAGGACAGCAGCAACAAGCCAGAUCCCGCAAGCUCCCCUCCUACGUAACACAUAUCCUGCCGAUCAUGCGGAAAGCUAUACAUUGCUCGGUGCACUCGCAAUCCCAGGCGUGUGA